UCCCUCCCGGUCCGCGAGGGGAGGCCGGAGACCAUGGAACCCGCCCAGGACCCACAAUGCUUUGCGCACCGCCCCGCGCACCGCUUCCGGCGGGGCCAGGCUUGGCUAAUCGAGCACCGCGCGCUGGCGACUCGGCGCUCCGCCGGCGGCGCCUGCGCAACGCGCCGUUUCCGGCGUGGGUGGCGCGGCGGGAGCUGCCGGGUUAGUGAGGGUGGCGUGGUGUCGCGGUCUUGUGUGUGCCACCCGAGGAGGGCCGCGGAGGCUGCGGCCAUGGCUUCUCUACUCGCCAAGGACGCCUACCUGCAGGGCCUGGCCAGGAAAAUCUGCUGCCAGCCCAGCCCGGAGCCGCAGAAGCGCAAGUCCGCCAGCAAAAGUCAACGCUCAGAAGCUGCUGGGCCCCCAAAAAAGAAGAGGAAGAAAGCGCAGAAGAAAUCCCGGGAGCAGGAGAAGGCUGUGGAGCUGAAGACCCAGGCUGUAGGGGAAAAGCCUCCAGCACCUUCAAGGGCCAGAAAGCCAGCGGUACCUGAGGAGGGAGAGGCCUUCCGCUCCAUGGGAUCCCCAGCAGAUGGGGAUGUGGAGCAGGGCCAGCUGAGAUCAGAUACCCGGGUCACGGAGCCCGAUUCUCUGUUCGCCCUGGAUGUUGUGCGCCAGCGGCUACAUGAAAAACUGCAGGAGGCCCGGGGCCAGGGCCACACCACGGAGCUGUCUCCUGCUGUCUUGGAGAAGAGACGGCGGAGAAAGCAGGAGCGGGACCGGAAAAAGAGGAAGCGAAAGGAAUUGAGGGCAAAGGAGAAAGCGGCAAAGGCCGCGGAGGCUGCCGAGCCAUCCCACGAGGCGUCCCAUGAGCCGCCCCACGAGGAGGUGCCACCAGGGCUGCUCUUCAAUAAGGUGGAGGUGACCGAGGAGCCAGCAGCCGGCAAGGCCCAGCGCCGGCAGGAGAAGAGGCGGAAGCUGAAGGGGAACCUGGCGCCGCUGACGGGCAGGAACUACCGGCAGCUGCUGGAGCGCGUGCAGGCGCGGCAGGCGCGGCUGGAGGAGCUGCGGGACCGGGACGAGGGCAAGGCCCGGGAGCUCGAGAGCAAGAUGCAGUGGACCAACCUGCUGUACAAGGCUGAGGGCGUGCGCAUCCGCGACAGCGAGCACCUGCUGCAGGAGGCCCUGAAGCGCAAGGAGAAACGGCGCGCGCAGCGGCAGCGCCGGUGGGAGAAACGCACGGCCCACGUGGUCGAGAAGAUGCAGCAGCGGCAGGACAAGCGGAGGCAGAACUUGCGCAAGAAGAAGGCGGCCCGGGCCGAGCGGCGCCUGGACAAGGCCCGCAAGAAGGGCCGGAUCCUGCCCCAGGACCUGGAGCGGGCCGGCCUGGCGUGAGGGCCUGCAGCCCGGGCGCCCAGACCUCAUCCCUGACCUGGGCUCCACUCCCACCUCGUGUGACAGCGGCGGGAGCUCAGUCUGUGCGGUCUAGGCUCCCGGCAAACGGGGCUCUGUGGCUUACCCCACAGGCUGGGUGGGAGGGCUCAGCUCCCACGUGAGAAAGAAAGGGAGAGAUGUGGAGAAUGGAGGCCUAGAUCCUUCAGGAAAGGGCUGACAGGGUCUGGGUUCCAGCCUUCUCUUGGGAGGCCACAAAGCUCCCCAGAAGUUUGCAGGGUGAGGAAGGCGUGGUGGGCAUGAGGGUUCUGGGGGGCACUUCAUUGGCUCCUUCCCCUCCACACGAGCUGGGAAAGAUUGGCCUUUGGGACUGUCCGUGUGAAUCCAAAACUCACCUGGAAGGGAGGAAACUUAGAACUGCUGUAGCCCAAGCCCAAGGUGGCAUUGGCCUCAGGUGACUGCCAGGGGCGGGACGGAGGACGUUGGGUGUGACUGGGAGGGAGUUCUGAGUUUAUUUGUAAGAGGAGCAAAAAUUAGAGCUUAAGGUAAACACGCAUAUGAAAAGUUAAGAUUAAGAUGCCUGCUGGGGACGUCUGGGUGGCUCAGUUGGUCAAGCACGCCUGACUCUUGUUUUGGCUUAGGUCCUGAUCUCAGGGUCCUCUGAGCCCCACAUCAGACUGCACCCUCCGCGCGGAGUCUGCUUGAAACUCUCUCUUCCCCUCCCUCUGCUCUUGCUCGUGCUGUUUCUCUAAAAUAAAUAAGUCUUUUGUGGGGAAAAAAAGAUGCUGGCUGGAAGCGUGCGCUGUGCUGGGAGGAAGGGGAGAUGGGGUGGGCUGGAGGAUGUCAGUCCAGGAGGAGGCGGGAGCAGGGCUAGAAGCUAGGCGUUGCCGAGGCGACGGAAGAUGCCCAGGGAGGCGGUGGAAUUGCAUGCACGUCUGCAGACAGGCAGAACUGCUGCAGACGCGAGACCGGGGGGAUUUCAUGGCUCGUGAGUAAUAUUUCAGUAAAGCUGUUCAUAACUGUCUUGAUUGAGCUCCAGUUAAGAAGCAGACUGUAAGGGAAAGGCUGGUGUGGCCAUACUGGGCAGAGUGGACUUGAGGGUGAAUAGCUCCGCGGAGGGUAAGGUAUGUCAGGGCGGGAUCGAGAGGCUCCGUGCCCGCAGCAGGCAGAACAGUUCUGACGCCCCCAGGGAUGGAGCUGCACGUCUCUCCCGGGAAAUCCGCUCACAAGCAAAAGCAGAGGAUUUCUGGUGCCUCUCAGGCCUGGAAACACCAGGCAGUACUCCGGUGGAUACGGAGGGUCUAGAUGAGAGUUGAUGUGCUUGAUCUAAGGACGCAGAGCCGUGUUUCUGGAAACAAGGUGCAUACUCUCCACCCCCAUCUGGAGCAGCAGUGGGAACUGAGCGGCUGGUCCGUGAAGCAAGCUUUCCAUUUCAGUGAGUCGGGGUCCUGCCAGGCAAGUCGUCUGGCCGUACCAUGAUUCAGUUGUUAGAGCUCGGCUGAUUAUAGAAGUUCCAUGUUCAGAAGUUUAAAAACGUACUUCUGAGUGACGUGUGGGUCAUUGUGGGAGGUGGAACCUAACUCCAAGUGUCCACACUGCAAAUGCCCUGAUUCACCACCCCGGCCUCCCCAGGCCCGGCCAGUCACGCCCCUCCCUGGCCCAGAGCUUCAGGGCUGCUGGUGUGCGGGGCAGGGCGGCGCGUGAUGUGUUCUGGGGCGGGUGGCGACACAAGCAGCUCAUCCCGGGGCAGUAGUGGACGAUAGCACAUGGACGAAAGAAAAGGUCAGAGAGUUGCAGAGUGGGUCUAGGAGACCUGAUAGACACCUGCUGGGUGCUGUGUGCCUCAGGUGUGAAAGAACUGAGUACAGCAUUGUGGGAGAAAACUUCCAAGAGCUGAAUGUGAGAAACGUUUCCAGAACCAAAUGGCGGUGGUCCUCAGUUUCAAAGAUACCCCGUUCCUCGGGCAGAGGCAAGUGAAUGAAGAUUGCCCUAACCAGAACCUCUCCUGCACGGGAAAUGGGGUUCUGACAGUCCCAAAGGUCGUGGUAAUAUGAAAAGUAAUAAGGGGAAAGCUCACUAAAAUGGAGUCAGGAGGCCAGAAAUAGGAGCUCUCGUGCACUCUGCCACCCGGAGUCAGUUACAGGAAGAACUGUCAUGACGCACCCCGGCACAAGUGUCCUCCACAGGAGGGAAUUGUGACUACAGACCCAACAGGGAAGGACGGACGCUGCUUCUCCUGCGAGAAAUCCACUACCCAGCAACUCAGCCGGUGAGAAACCGCCCUCGCCCCGAACUCCUGCUUUUCUCCAGUGGACUUUGGUUCAGGACAGCCCCUUCUAACUUCCUCAUAAAAUAACACUCCUUUCUUUGUUGGACUUGCCCGCGCUUUUGCCAUAACUUGCAUGUCCUGAAUUGCAACUCUCUGCUAUUCCCGAACGAACCGAUUUUGCUGGUGAAGUACCUGACGGUUUUACUUUUAAGGUCAGCGGUAGUCUCCUUUUGGCACUGGCUCUUCGGGUGAGGCUGGGAAGGAGGGUCACAGCCAGGCCCCCCUCCUGCUCUAGGGCCCAGGACUUGAGCUACUGCACAUUCAGAAAUUCAGUGAGGGGCUGUGACCGGUCAGCUCAAAUGAGGCUUCUGUUCACCAGACCUGGGGGUGGGGGUGGGGGGUGGUCUCCAGACCCCGGUGGGUUGCCUCAUCCAGUUCACUGCACUAGUCUGGCAGAUAGUCACGGGAAGCUUACCUACAUGGCCUGUGGAAAUAAAACUUGGCUGCGUGUUCUCUGCCUUUGGGUCAUGACACCUGCGUUGGCCCUGGGAUCUCAGUCGUCGUCUCAUACCAGCAUUCCAGCUUCAGAGAAGAGCCACCGUGCUCUUUGCCAAGCUGUGCGAGCUCUGCUUGUGGCAAAGGCGUGUCUUCCUGACCAUCUGUUUGGGGGAUGAGCGGGUAACAUGGUAAGGCUCCUCUAACAAGCCUGCCUCUCCAUUGGGGUUUCUUCCUUUUCUGUUAUUCCAGGGAAUUUCUGGAAGCUUCACUUACCUUAUGUGGACCUCAGUGGACUCCAGGUUUUGUUUGGGCAACAGGAAAUCCCUGAAUCCUUCCUAGUGCCCUAGCUAGCCCAUUGAACCUUGAUUCUAGAUGCAAGCCAGUCAGAUUGCCUCCCUCCUUCUGGCCAAGCACUUCCAGGAUCAGCUCCCAUGUAUUUCCCUGAUUUUUUCGAUAUAAAGCAGCAAAUGUUUCUGCUCGGUGAGCUGAACCUUCCUGCUUUGGCAUCGUCAUUGGAUGCUUGGGGUCCGAUCUGCUGGUAGGUUUAGACACAGGACGGUGAGAUGGCCUUGGGGAUGAGGCUACUGGCUCCUCACAGUUUUGCUGAGAACCUGAGACUGCUCUGGUAACCUGGUAAAGUUUAUGUAAGACAGGCAGAGGACACGUUGGAUCUGAAAGCUUUUGUCUGCAGGCGCCACGUUCUCACGAUUCACUGCCCAAAACGAGUCACAUGGCUGCACCUAACUUCAGGGGGUGCAGAAACGCAGCCUACUCGGUGUCUGGAGGAAGGGCCGGGAUGUUUUGAAGAGGCUGAUACCUCCUGAGCAGGGCCUGCCUG